GAAGCUAUAAAAAAAAAAAGAAUUUCUUUGAACAAUGGCGGAUCCAGUUCUUCAACCUCCUACAAACCCACAUUUCUUUAAGCCUCUUCUUCCCGGCUUCGACUCCUUCCUCACCAUCCCUGUGAAGUUUCACUCGGUAUACUUAGAAGGAAGAAACGAAGGAAAGACAGUGGAGCUAAGGUCCGACGCGUCUGAGAUAAGUUGGAAAGUUGAGAUGGAAGGUCGGAAACUCACCGUCGGUUGGAAAGAGUUCGCCACCGCACAUGAUCUCCAAGUCGGAGAUGUUAUCGUUUUCAGACAUGAUGGAGCUUUGGUGUUCCACAUCACUUGUUUUGGACCCAGUUGCUGUGAGAUUCAAUAUGUACAAACUUGUGACCACGACGAUAAUCUUGAUGAUGAUGAUCAAGAAAACAUCAGAAACUUGUCGAUGAAGCAGAGUCUAAAAACAGAACCAGAGUCUUCAAUAGACGAAGACAAAGAUUACAUGGAAUUAAAGAGUGUUUCCACUAAAGAUUGCAACAAAGGAAAGAGAAACAAAUCUGGUGACAGUAGUCAAAAAGUUCCAUCAUCAUCAUCUUCAGCAAGUGAAGGCCGAUUUGUGACACUAACUGCCACACCAUCCAGUCUUAGAAAUAGUAGACUUCAUCUUCCAAAAAACUUCGUUAAGGUUAACCGAAUGAAAAACCUAGGAGGGAAAAAGAUAACUCUGUUGGACAAGCAUGGAAAAGAGUGGCCAGUGAAAUUAGUCAUGGAAAAGGGAAAUACACAGAUGCGUUUGGGUUUAGGGUUAAAAGAAUUUUUCAAGGCUAAUGGCAUUAAGGCACAUGAAUCUUUAGUGUUUGAGUUUGUUUGGGAAGACAAGACAACUCUUCCUAUACUUCAAAUCUGCUCCAACUUGCCCUGUUAUAGUGAACUCGUAGCCUAAGCAGUAUGAAUCCAAUGUCUAGUUAGGUAAGAGUUAACUGUGUCUGUAUUUGUCGACAACAUAUUUUAUAAGGGUCUUGAAAACAAGUAAUAAGUUGUAGAUAUUAUAAGCCUUUAGUACCAUGAGUCAAGUAAUGUAAUCUGCAGUAAUAUUGUACGGUAAAAUUUG